GGUGUACAGGUAGGUGCUGCGCAAGCUGGUACCUUACUAGCGGGCACAUCAUCAUUAAAUGCUGCUGCUUAUGCAGCACAACCAUCCUCCAAUGCUCUUAGUUCAUACACUGCCACUGGGAUGGGUCCCUCUCUCACUGCCUCAGGAAAGCCGAAAUUCGGCUACACCCAAACGCCUACGAUGAUGCUCGAUGGCGUAUUGAAGACUUAUCAAAGUGGUCCUCAAGCUCAACUCCAUGAGGUUGUGCAUAAUUAUAAAUGA